AUGAAGUUCCUCUCUACAUCUUUGCUCUUCGUCGUUGCUUGCGUAUGGGCCACCCAGGCCGCAUACCUCUCUAUACAUGAUCAGGAGCAGUCAUGGGCAGGUUUCCAAGAGGGCAUAAUGAUCACCCCUGUGCUUGACGAAUUGGAUUCGCAUUUUUUAUGCGAUGUAACGAUUGACAAUGAAGUCUUCCAGAUUUCCGUCCAUUCUACGAGUGAGGAUGAUUGGACAUCAAAUACUUUAGAUGGCAGAGAACUUCCUGACGAACACAUAACCAUCAUUGACCAACACCUCAGAUUAGAAGCCGAACAUCGUACUGGAUCGACAUCUCCUCCGAUAGAUGCGCACUCGUCUCCCCUUUCAUCUCCCUCAUUCAGCAUUACUCGUUCCUCAAUAUCGUGCCAGCACGUUGGUGUUGCUAGUUCUACUUUUCGACGCAGGAUAGGUUUCAUGCAUGCCAUUGAUCUUCUCAGUAUCAUUGGCGUGGGUUUCCUCGCUGCAACCGCAUCGGGCGUUGCUGCCUUAUUACGACGACAUGACCAACAGAAGAGAACUGAGACCGAUAUUCCACGGUCUAUUUCACUCAAUUAUUUGCACGAACAUCCGAAUAGUGACGAUACAGAGCAGGUCUUUGAUUAUAUCAAGAGUAAACUGGGUUAG